GUUUUUCCGGGAGGCGCUCCAUCUUUUCCAUUUACAGCUGUGGCCGGAAAACGGGCAAAAAAAAUCUUACGUCCACUCCAACCUAUCGGGAUAAAAUUAGGAAAUCAUUUAGUAGUUUCCAUCUCGCUGAUUGAUAUUGUUGAGCUGACCUACACAACCACUCAGAAUGACCGACUCCAAGUACUUCACCACAAACAAAAAAGGAGAGAUAUUUGAACUGAAAGCCGAGCUGAACAAUGAGAAAAAAAAGAGGAAGGAAGCAGUGAAGAAGGUCAUUGCGGCCAUGACCGUAGGCAAGGAUGUGAGCUCUUUGUUCCCUGAUGUGGUGAACUGCAUGCAGACUGAUAACCUGGAGCUAAAGAAGCUGGUGUAUCUGUACCUGAUGAACUACGCCAAGAGUCAGCCUGACAUGGCCAUCAUGGCGGUCAACAGUUUUGUGAAGGACUGUGAAGACCCUAACCCUCUGAUCCGUGCCCUGGCCGUGCGCACUAUGGGCUGCAUCCGUGUGGACAAGAUCACAGAGUACCUGUGUGAGCCUCUGAGAAAGUGUCUAAAAGACGAGGACCCGUAUGUGAGAAAGACGGCGGCGGUGUGCGUGGCCAAACUGCAUGACAUCAACGCGCAGAUGGUUGAGGAUCAGGGAUUUCUGGAUUCCCUCAGAGACCUGAUUGCUGACUCCAACCCUAUGGUCGUGGCCAAUGCCGUGGCAGCUCUGUCGGAGAUCAGCGAGUCUCACCCCAACAGCAACCUGCUGGACCUGAACCCUCAGAACAUCAACAAGCUGCUCACGGCCCUGAACGAGUGCACUGAGUGGGGACAGAUCUUCAUCCUCGACUGCUUGUCCAACUACAACCCCAAAGAUGAGCGGGAAGCCCAGAGCAUCUGCGAGCGCGUGACCCCUCGUCUCUCGCAUGCCAACUCGGCUGUCGUGCUGUCGGCUGUCAAGGUCCUGAUGAAGUUCUUGGAGCUGCUGCCGAAGGACUCGGAUUAUUACAACACCCUGCUGAAGAAGCUCUCUCCUCCUCUUGUGACGCUGCUCUCCGGAGAGCCUGAGGUCCAGUACGUGGCCCUCAGGAACAUCAACCUCAUCGUGCAAAAGAGACCCGAGAUCCUGAAGCAGGAGAUCAAAGUCUUCUUUGUGAAAUACAACGAUCCCAUCUACGUCAAACUGGAGAAACUGGACAUCAUGAUCCGACUGGCGUCUCAGGCCAACAUCGCCCAGGUGCUGGCUGAGCUGAAGGAGUACGCCACCGAGGUGGAUGUGGACUUCGUACGCAAAGCAGUCCGUGCCAUCGGGCGCUGCGCUAUAAAAGUAGAGCAAUCAGCUGAGCGCUGUGUGAGCACCCUGCUGGACCUCAUCCAGACAAAGGUGAACUACGUUGUGCAGGAGGCCAUCGUGGUGAUCCGAGACAUCUUCCGCAAGUACCCUAACAAGUACGAGAGCAUCAUCGCCACUCUGUGCGAGAAUCUGGACUCCCUGGACGAGCCGGACGCACGCGCUGCGAUGAUUUGGAUCGUGGGCGAAUACGCAGAGAGAAUCGACAACGCCGAUGAGCUUUUGGAAAGCUUCCUCGAGGGCUUCCACGAUGAAAGCACUCAGGUUCAGCUCACCUUGCUGACAGCCAUAGUGAAGCUGUUCCUGAAGAAGCCUUCAGAGACACAGGAACUGGUGCAGCAAGUUCUCAGCCUGGCCACUCAGGACUCCGAUAACCCUGACUUGCGAGAUCGUGGCUACAUCUAUUGGCGUCUGCUCUCCACUGACCCGGUGACCGCCAAAGAGGUGGUGCUGUCCGAGAAGCCGCUGAUCUCGGAGGAGACCGACCUGAUCGAGCCCACGCUGCUUGACGAACUCAUUUGCCACAUCGGCUCCUUGGCCUCCGUCUACCACAAGCCGCCGAACGCUUUCGUCGAGGGCAGUCAUGGCAUCCACCGCAAGCACCUGCCCAUCCAGCACGGCAGCAUCGACACCGGUGAGAGCCCCGUUAGCAGCGGACUGGCUUCAGCUAUCGACCAACCUCAGGUUAUUCCAUCUCAAGGAGAUCUCCUGGGUGACCUUCUUAACCUCGACCUGGGUCCUCCAGUCAACGUGCCGCAAGUCUCGUCCAUGCAAAUGGGAGCCGUAGACCUUCUAGGAGGUGGGCUCGACAGUCUGCUUGGAGGUGACAUCGGGGGAGGAGUUGGAGGCAGUCCUGCAGUUGGCCAGAACUUCAUCCCUUCUUCAGUUCCCAACACGUUCGCGCCGUCUCCUACUCCAGCGCCCAUCAGCAGCGGCCUUAAUGACCUGUUUGAACUUUCCUCAAGCAUGGCCGCUAAUACUGGGGGCUACAUUGCACCGAAAGCCGUGUGGUUACCAGCAGUCAAGGCAAAAGGCUUGGAGAUUUCUGGAACGUUCUCCCGCCGCCAGGGCCAUAUGUACAUGGACAUGAUGUUCACCAACAAAGCCCUGCAGCACAUGACCGACUUUGCCAUCCAGUUUAAUAAGAACAGUUUUGGAAUGAUUCCUACCACGCCGUUACCCAUGCACACACCUCUGAUGCCCAACCAGAAUAUCGACAUCUCCCUGCCCCUUAAUACGAUCGGACCCGUCAUGAAGAUGGACCCCCUGAACAACCUCCAGGUGGCUGUGAAAAACAACAUCGACGUCUUCUACUUCAGCGUGCUCAUUCCGCUCAACAUCUUCUUUGUCGAGGACGGCAAAAUGGAGCGCCAGGUCUUCUUAGCCACGUGGAAAGACAUUCCCAAUGAGAACGAGCUGCAGUACCAAAUCAAAGAGUGCCACUUAAACGCAGACACCGUGUCAGGCAAGCUGCAGAACAACAACAUCUACACAAUCGCCAAACGGAACGUGGAGGGCCAGGACAUGCUCUACCAAUCUCUGAAACUCACUAACGGCAUCUGGAUCCUCGCCGAGCUGCGCAUCCAACCUGGCAACCCCAACUACACGCUCUCCCUGAAGUGCAGAGCUCCCGAGGUGUCUCAGUACGUGUACCAGAUGUAUGACGCCGUGCUGAAGAACUGAAGGUCUAAACCUCACCCCAAACAGUCUUUCCUCCUAUCAUUCCUGUGGUACAAGAACAAACUACACCUCUUCCCCGUUUCUCUUUUCUAGGACCUGCAUCGUUUCCCUGCUCUCUGUAGUGUCUGGUAGCAACCAUAUGCUUUCUCUAAAAUGUCAGUGUCGUGGCUAAAGAUUUGUACUUGGUGCAUAUAUAUAUAUAUAUAUAUAUAUAUAUAUAUAUA